AUGAACUUUGAACUCGCGAAUGUAAAAUCCAGCAUGGCAGUGCCCAUGCAGAGCGCAGCUAAAGGGACCCGUUUAUCGGGAAACGUCACCAGCUUUCAGAAAAAAAACCGCAGUAAACUGAUUCAAAUUCCUGGAACUAAACCGUCUGUUCAUACUGGGCAGCUCAUCAUUUCUUCCGGUGUACCGUCACUGGAUUGUGCUCUCGGAGGAGGACUGGCAGUGGGAAGUCUGCUGCUUAUUGGGGAGGAUGAGUUUGACAGCUAUUCUCGUGCAUUGUUGCAAUAUUUCUUGGCAGAAGGCAUAAUGAGUGGACAUGAACUAUUCAUUGCUUCUGCUCAAGAUCACCCUGAAGAAAUCAUAAAGGAAAUUCCAUCUCCACUUCAGGAUGAAGAGACAGAGUUUAAAACCAUAUCACAGACUCUGGAUCAGCAAGACACCAUGAAAAUUGCCUGGCGCUAUCAGAACCUUCCUAAGGUCCAGACUGUGCUGUCACCUUCAUCCCAUUUUUGCCAUUAUUAUGACCUUGCCAAACAUAUGGGGCAAGAUCGUCUACAGAAUGCCAAGAUUCACACUUUCUACCUGCCUGAAGAGCAAAUAGCACCAACAAGUCUCAGUGAUGUUCUUGGCCCCUACUCUGCGUUACUACACUCUAUCCAGCUGUUAAUUAAACAAAAUGGGUUUGAUGGCUCAAACUCACAGCUGAAGACUUGUAAUGUGCUACGGCUUGUCCUUCACUCUCUUGGCUCAACGCUGUGGGGUGAUGAUGUUUGUGUUAGCCAAGCCCACAACCAUGCCUUGUUGAUGUUUCUCUAUGUACUUCGAGCCCUACUACGCUCCUCCCUUUCUGUUGCUGUGGUAACAGUACCCACUCGCCUCAUCAGGAAUAAAACAAUAAGAGGAAGAAUGAUUAGGUUGAGUGAUACAGCUAUCACUUUACAAUCAUUCUCAGAUGCAGAGAGAAACAACAACCCACUUUAUAAGGACUACCAUGGUCUUCUGCACGUUGUACAGGUCCCUCAGUUGAACUGCUUGGGGUGUGAAGUUCCAGAUACAAAGGACCUUGCAUUCAGAGUGAAGAGGAAACAGUUCACAAUUGAGAGGAUGUUUUUGCCCCCUGAUCUCUCUGAGUCCGUAAGUCGGGUCAGUAAAGCACAGAUAACGCCAGUCUGUACUUCUGAUGGAAACAAACACCUGGACUACUAGUGUGCAGUAACCUAUUUUAUAUGAUAAUAUUUACCCAUUACUUUCAAGUAAAAGAAAAUAAAGUUUCUCAAAAGGU